AUGAUCGACGAGCUCGUCCACCACUGCAUCAACGAGAUCGGCCUGGAUGGCGAGGCCGGCACCGAAAUCAACCGCCUCACCUCCUUCAUCUGCCAGUUCCAUGCCGACCACUCAUCGCGCUCUCAGCUCCCAGAUCAGCUUGUAGAUGCCUCCUACCUCGCCUUUGUCUUUCGACAGCUCAUCGCGCAUCCGGACGUCAACGUUGGUCUCUUUGUAGCCGGCGUGCCGCAACGUGAGGGCGCAAGAACCGGCAUCACGAAGCGCAAAGCGUCUGCGCCAAACACACCCACUACAAAGCGAGAAUCGCAGCAUCAGCCUGUAGCUCCCGAGUAUGACUGGGUCGAGACUCUCGACCCGUCGCCCGCCGAACAUCAUGGCCUCCCACAGCUGCAGAGCGCCCACGGAGACCGUCUACGCCUCGUCUUGCAACCGGCCGCCAUCAAGCGUCAGCUCGUCGGCGCAGACGACAUCUUCCUCCCGCCGUCAGCAUACAAUGUGCUCCAGAUCAUCUGUCGCUCUCGCCAAACGCCCGUCCUCAGCACCGACAUCGGAUCCGCAAUCCAUACCGACCAGAAAACCGUCUACUACAUCUGCAAACGCCUCACCGAUCCCGGUCUUAUCGUCAAGAUCAAGGCGCGCGAAACUGGCACCACUGCAAGCUAUUUCAUUGCAGCUCGAUUCCAGGACAGCUGCGACCUCUUGAUCCAGCAGCGCAACGCAGAGAUCACAACCGACUCGCAUCAGUCCGACAUCGCAUCAGGGCCUAUGCUGCCUAUGCUCACAGAUCUCGCCUCCUCUUCGCGCCUCCCCACACCGCAGGUCGACAUUCCCAGCAAUCAGCCUGACGUCGAUGCCGAGUCGGAUCAAGAAGAAGCACAACCCGCGUCCGGUCCCAUCAUCACAGUCAAAGACGAAGAAUCGCAAGCCAUCCAGCUUGCCGACAUCCAAGGCCAGGGCAAUGCACACGUCCCCCUCCAGACGCUCGCUCCCACCUUUCAGCACGUCGACCCCGGUAAGGCUCGGCUGUGGAUGAGCAGCAGACCCGAGCUCGUGCGCUUCCGCAUCUAUCUCCUCUGCAACUCCACCAACUCCAAGAUCACCAAGCGCCACGGCCUCGUCCACCGCAUCAACAUCGCCUACAACCUCUCGCUCAAAAGGAUAUUUACCAACGUCCUCGAGCACGCUAUCGUAGAUGGCUUCCUCGAGGUCGUCCAGCUCCUCAUCGCCAGCACAGGCCGCACCUCCCGCGGCCUCCGCAUGACCCACAAGGGCCUCGAAGAGAUGCAAAGCAUGCUACAAGGCGACUUUGACGAUCCGGCUUCGCUCGAGGAGCAGCAACGCGCCCGCAAGCUCAACGCCGCCUUGCAGCAGGAUCUCGACAGGUUCGAGUCGCGUCUGCCUCGCGAGCUCACCCUGGAGCGCUGGAUGUACGAGGAGGUGGCGCGCGCCGGCCCUUCCGGUCGCACCGCGGCCCAGCUCAUGGCAAAGCUCAACGCCGCCGGCCACUUUUCCCGCGUCAUCGACCAGAUCAUACUGCGCGCCGAAGAUGCCGAUGGCGAGCCUUCCAUGAACGACCUCCGCAUCCGCACCUUUCAUGAGCACAGCCUUCGCAUACGCAGCUCGAAACUCUUCAGCAACCACGCAUGGGUCCUCCAAUCUGCCAACGAUGGCUAUCUCGAGCAGCAAGACCGCGACCGCCUCGCGCUCGCCGGCGGACCGUCGUGCUUCCAUCAACAGUCGACUGCCUGGGACGAACCGGCUCAGAUCAACCAGCUCGUCGCCUCGUUCAGCCAGGAAAUCGCCACGCCCGACAAACGUCUGGAGCCGCCCAGAAGAGGUCGUCCGCCGAAGAGACGAGCCGAACCCGAUCUGAACACUCCUCCCAAAAAGAGAGGCCGACCGCGUAAGAAUCCGGUCCCAGUCGAUACUGCCGAGCCGAGCCCACUUGCCGCGGACGCCAACAACGACGCCAUUGCCUCGUCGUGCGCUACACCCUUGCCAACAGAGGGCAUCGAGCAAACGCCCGACCUGUCGGACACGCCGAUGGAGAGGGCUACUUCUACCCUGGAAGUUGUUGAGCACAGCGUCGAGCCUGCGGACGAGUUCCGACCUGAGCCUGCUGUGCCAGACUCGCCAGCAGCUGGAGCGGCCAAGCGUCGGGAGCGGCGCCUUGUGCAGGAGCAGAGCGCCCGCCGACCCACCUCACUCCUCGCUACGGCUCCUGUCGUACGCCCGUCGACGAUGCACAUCGACGAAGCAGCUGAGGCAAGGCCUGCUGAUACUGCAGAAGCGACUCAGCAUGAAGCAGAGCGAGACAGUCAGAUGGUUGCGCACGAGGAUCAUCCGAAUCCUACGACGUCGAUGUCUGAAGGCAAUCUUGGCAAUGUCGCGGAUCUGCUCUCGAAUCCUACCCGACCCAAGAUCGAGGCCGAGUGGGGGUCCGUUGCCACUCCUGCUUCAAAGAGCGUAUUCGAGGCCGGAUCGACACCGACGACUUCGGACCGCAAGAAACGGACAAACUUGACCCAGCUGCGCAGCGCACACACUCUCGUCCAGUGCAUCCGCGAGGCGGGUGGCGCGAUGGAUGCGCUCUUGAUUCCGGAACAGCUGUCGAGCUUUGUGGAGCGGCACGGCUUUACCUCGGAGGCGCAGCUGGUCAAUCUGCGAGACAAGAAGGUCAGAGACAAGGCGAUUGCAGCUGCGGUCAACAACGAUCUGCUCCGUCGUACCUACGUCCGCAUCGAUCGGCCAAGCGCCCCGCACCCCCGACGUCAGAUCAUCUACCUCCCCGAUUUGCCGCAGCAGACGUUGCAUGCCUACUGCGACGCGGUCAAGACGGAGCGCCAGGGCUGGUUCGACACGAAGGCGAGCAUAAGGACUCUGACGAAUGUGAUCGACAGCGUCGAGGUUGGUUCGAUGGAUGCACUCCAUGUAGACAAGCCUUGGCACCAGUCGGAGCCAAUGCGGCUCGCGGAUCUGCCAGCCGACAUGGCACAGCUCGCUCCGCUCCGUCAGCCCUUCCGAGACGUCACGAGCGUGCACCGACAGCACCUCGGCUUCCUCAGCGGCGAAAUGCUUCGGCUCAAGGCGUUCCAUCACGCGUGUGCGCACUUCCUUCGACUGCGAGCGUCGACCCCCGAGAUCCCCGGUGCCGUCUCUGGGGACGGCGCUACACUGCCUCUCAGCUUCUUUUGGACCGACGCACCGUUGGAUCUGUACCUCGGGCUGGUCGCAGUGCGGCAGAUGUCCGAGCCGAUCGAGCAGAUGGCGCUCGAUCCGAACGUGCGUCGUCUGCCGAUGCAUGCGCUGCCACUGGGCCUCGCGACUGCCCUUGGGCUCGCCAAUGGCGUUCCUGUCGAGGUCAAGGUUGCACUCUACAGCCUCGCCUCCCAACUCUCCAAACUUGGCGUGCUCGAUAUCCAUCCAGCUUCCCACGAUGCUCAAGAGCAGCUCGACACCCCCAGCGGCGAUACCGUCUCGUUUACGGUUUCUGUCGAGCCUCGGGCUCGGGUCGCGCGGUACAACUGGCUUGCGGAGGAAGCAGAGAAGCCGUUGGUCGAAGUGCUCGACGUAGGUCUGGACGCCGACAAGAUCAAUCGGUUCUGGGCCAGGAUGCAGGCUUCUUGCCUCAGUCCAAACAGGAGCAAGGCACUGUUGGCUAACGACGAUGCACAGGAAGGCUCCGAGGGGCUCACUGCAGGCACAGCUGUGCACGACUUGAGGCCCGGAGACAUCGUCGAUCCAUUCAAGACUUUGCCGGAAGAGCUCAUGUUUGCGCUUAAGGCGAACAAGUCGUGGCGGCCUUUCCACCAGCUUCGACCGUCGCAGAUCAAGUUCUUCCGACGCAUCGACGUGCACGACUGUGCGUCGGCAUCGCAGGAGCACAUUGACAGGCUGGCGUACGCCACGCUCGUGCCCCAGAGCGUGGUGCGCGCCGUGCUGGAGCAUCGAGCUCGAUCGGCCCAGGAGCCCGAGGAUCCAGACGUUGCCCCGCAUCAGAGCAGGCCGCGCUUCACCUGGCCGCUGCGGCUGUCUACCAUCUCGCUCCCGACCAACGUGUAUAAGCCGAUUGCGGCCGCAGCCUCGGUCAAGCGCAAGAAGACGCAGGCGGAGCGCGAGAAGCAGGGCCGCAUGACGACGCUCGCCAAGGCGCGUCAGCUGCGUCAGCGUCGCGAUGAGCAGUUCCAGGCGCUGCUGGACCAGGCAUUCGCCGAGGCACCGUCGGCACACGCGCUGCGGCCCAAGAUCGAGACUGCGCUCGGCGUCAUCCGCAAGAAGUUCGUGGCGGGCGAUGUGCGCUUUGAUGCGGAUGCGGCGCAAAAGGCGAUCGUGCGUGCCAUCCGGUCCGCCACGGGUGUCCGGCUGAUGCCCGCAGCACGCGCUGCGCCAGCCGCUCGGCAGCGACGUCGGGCACGGCAGACGUCUUCGGAUCACGAGGCGGACGCUGGCGAGGCGGACAACAAAGCGACUGGCGGCGGUGUGGCGAGACGCGACCGGCGCGGGCGCCGCAACGUGGACCAGGUCAACUUCUGGACGCCUACGCGCAAGGAGCUUCUGCGCGAUGCGGCGGUGAUCCUGCGCGUGCGCGACGAGGUGCGUGGGCGCUCGGACUGGACGGCGCUGCUGCAGGUGAUCGAGCCCGAAGAGCGCACCAAGACGCGCAGCGUCAUCAUGGCGCAGUGGCGCAGCCAGUACCAGCGCAUGCGCACGCUCUACGGCGAAGAGGCGUACCUCGCUGCGCUCGAGUCGCGCUGGGUGCCCGUGUACCUCGCUGCGCGCCAGGACGGCAGGCUGCAGGACGCCGAUUUCCCCUCGGCAACGAACUUCGAUCUGGUCGCACAGAUCGAGCUGCUGCGCAGCAGCAUCGACAAGAACGAGGUGCAGCGCUCGCUGACCAAGCCGACGGCGCGCCAUGCGCUCCCGGCGGUGCUGACCGAGGCGAGCGACUUCACCGCGAGCUGGAAGGAGGAUCUGGUCGAGGAGCCGGUGGAGAGGAGGUUCGAGGCGUUCUUCAGCACCGAGGUGGGCGUCACCAGUCGGCGCUUGGAGAAGCUUCUGGGCACUGCGCUCGGUAGCGAGCAGGCCGAUAGCCCCACGCAGCGCGAUGCGUCGAUCGAGGAGCUUAUGGCCGAAUGUGCGGUGCGCAUCGUCGUCGCCACUUCGUCCGCAGAGACGGACGUGGACGCUGCAUCUGGGUCCACCGAGCACGUGGUGGAUGAAGCGAUCAAAGCCGACUUCUGCAGCUCGGUGGGCGACGCACGGAUCGAGGCGGCCAUAUCGCGCAUGCUGGACGCCAAGCUGCUGCGCGCGGUCAGCAGCGACCCUGCGCUCCGGCGGCGGCCGGGAACGAACUUUGUGCUGGGCGACGAGAUGCAGAAGCUGCUAGCGGACGGUAGUGCGCGGUUCAUUCUGGGCGCGGGGGAUCUCGAGGCUUCGGUGACGCACCGUCGUUGGGCGUGGGAGGAGCUGUGCGCAGCUGAGGAGGGGAUGUAUGUGCAGCCGGUCGAGACGGACGGGGAGGCAGCAGCGAUGAUGGUGCUCAUGGAGAUGGGGGCCGUCGAGGCGCAUGUGGAGACGGGCGCGUUUGAGGCGCUCCGGCAGAAUGCGGCGUUCAACGCACGCGUGCUGAACGAUGAGGACCUCGAGAGCCUCAUCCACGUGCGUGCGGGAGCGGGCGCGUUGAGGGUACUAGAACGCGCCGUGUUGACGCUUCCACCCAUUCCGAGCGACAGCGUGCUGGACUGGCUCGAUAGCGCAGACUUGCGCACGGAGUGGAACGCGCAGUGUGAGGAGGCACCGGAUGUUGGCGCGUGUGCGAGGACGCUGAUGGAUGCUGGACCGGCGGGGUUGGUACUGCCUCAUCUGGCGUAUUCGGCGGUAUCGCGACUCGUGGCGGGUUCGCGACCACUGGCGUUCUUCUCACCACUCUCGGCACAGCCAGUACUGGUAGCUAGCGUCUAUGUCCACGCAUACACACUGCACGCGCCGUCGCGCACACUGCCACACGCAUGGACGACGCUGCAUCCCACUCCGCACCCCACAUCGACCCGACUCUGGCGCUCGCUCCUCGAGCACUGUCUUGCCCUCGUGCGGCAGAGACCGGGUAUGUCGUUCAGCGCCCUCGCGCGGCGGUUCGAGCCGCGGACAGGCGCACCUGCUGUAAGCGCCGCCGACGUCUGGCUCGCCAUCACCGCGCUGUGCGACGCCCAGGCCGUAGUUGCUCAGCACGAUCUCUCACUGCAAGUCCACCCCACACGUCCACUCGCCGCAUUCGCAGCCUAA